AGAGAAGUAAGUAAAAAAGAUAAGAUUCAGAUUUGAGAUGCCUGACUUUUCUGUACAAAAGAUAAGACUCAGAUUCCUUCUUCUCCUGUUCUGUGCUUUUUUUUUUUAAAUAUGAGAUUCGAUUCCUUUUCUCCUGUUCAAAUUUCUGAAUUUUCAAGUCUGUAACGGAGUCCGUAACAGUGUUUAGCGGCCGUAACGGCGAUUUUCCUGUGAUUUUUGUUCUCGACGUGAAAAGGUCCAAAAACGGUCACGUUGGCUGCUGAUACCGUUUUGUAACGGCCGCAAUCCCGGUACCGGUCCGUUUUUUUAAACCUCGUGUGUAAUAAUCAAUCAUUGAAUUGGAUUUCAUGAAAUUCUCAGCAAUUCACUGCUGCAGGCACAUGCAACCUUACCGUGUGCCUUCAGCUUCUUCAUUGCCAUGGAUAUCACCUCUUAACUUUACAAAACCUUUAGAACCUAAACUAGAUCCACCUCCUGAAAUCGUUGUUGCGGAAACGAGGAAGAAGAGUAAAUAUAUUACUCAUGAUGUUGCUAUUAAUUUGAUCAAACGAGAGAAAGAUCCGCAACACGCGUUGAAAAUAUUUAACAUGGUAUCUGAACAAAAGGGUUUUAAUCACAACAAUGCUACUUAUGCGACGAUUUUACAAAAGCUUGCUCAGUUUAAGAAGUUUCAAGCCGUUGAUCGAGUUUUGCAUCAGAUGACGUAUGAAGCUUGUAAGUUUCAUGAGGGUGUAUUUAUUAAUCUCAUGAAGCAUUACUCGAAAUGUGGUUUUCAUGAGAAAGUGUUUGAUGCGUUUUUAUCUAUUCAGACAAUUGUUCGUGAAAAGCCAUCUCCUAAAGCUAUCAGCUCUUGUCUCAAUCUAUUGGUUGAUUCGAAUCAGGUUGAUUUGGUGCGGAAAUUGCUGUUGUAUGCCAAGAGGAGUCUAGUUUAUAAGCCAAAUGUAUGCAUUUUCAAUAUCUUGGUGAAGUACCAUUGCAGAAGGGGGGAUAUUGAUUCUGCUUUUGAAGUUGUCAAAGAAAUGAGGAACUCUAAGUAUUCAUAUCCUAAUGUAAUUACCUACUCAACAUUGAUGGAUGGACUUUGUCGAAAUGGAAGACUCAAAGAAGCUUUUGAACUUUUUGAGGAAAUGGUCUCGAAGGAUCAGAUUGUGCCUGAUCCGCUUACUUACAAUGUUUUGAUUAAUGGAUUUUGCCGUGAAGGGAAAGCUGAUCGCGCUAGAAAUGUUAUUGAAUUUAUGAAAAAUAAUGGUUGCUGUCCUAACGUAUUCAAUUACUCAGCCCUGGUGGAUGGAUUAUGUAAAGCGGGGAAACUGCAAGAUGCGAAAGGGGUUUUGGCUGAGAUGAAGAGUUCUGGUUUGAAACCUGAUGCAAUUACCUACACUUCUUUGAUCAAUUUCUUCUCUAGGAAUGGACAAAUUGACGAGGCUAUAGAGUUGCUUACAGAAAUGAAGGAAAAUGAUUGUCAGGCUGAUACUGUUACAUUCAAUGUGAUACUUGGAGGCUUGUGCAGAGAAGGUAGAUUUGAUGAGGCUUUGGAUAUGAUUGAGAAACUCCCACAACAAGGUGUGUAUUUGAACAAAGGUAGUUACAGGAUUGUACUAAAUUCCUUAACUCAAAACUGUGAGCUGAGGAAGGCAAAUAAGUUAUUAGGGCUGAUGCUAAGUAGAGGGUUUGUACCCCAUUAUGCUACCUCCAAUGAAUUAUUGGUUCGUCUUUGUAAAGAAGGGAUGGCCAACGAUGCUGCUACGGCUCUAUUUGACUUGGUGGAUAUGGGGUUCCAGCCACAACAUGAUUCUUGGGAACUUUUAAUUGACUUAAUCUGCAGAGACAGAAAAUUAUUGUAUGUUUUUGAGUUACUUGAUGAAUUAGUGACAUCAAAUUCGUGAUAUCUGCUUUGCAAAAUGAUAUAUUUGGUUUGUCGAGCAAUUUCUACGUGGAAUCCUUCGCCUGAGGCAAAGGAUGACACAAAGGUGUAUUCAGAUAAAUUGCAAUGGAAUUAAAAAUCACACUCAAUGUGGUAACAACAGACUACUUUGGAUGUAAUUUUGUUUUCUCAAUCUUUAACAGCUUUUGGAUUGUUUUAGUAGCAA